CCAGACUUACAAUGACUGCUUUCACUUCCCUGUGCAGCUGCAGACCUUCCAGAGGAUCUCAGAAGCCCGACGUGGCGGCAGACCCAGAGAUGAGUGUCUACAGCGAUGCUUCCAAUGACGACUUGUGUGACGAGUUGGAGACUUUGGGGUGGUACCACUAUGACCUGUCCCGGCAUGCUGCAGAGGCUCUCCUCCUGUCCAAUGGAGGAGAUGGGAGUUAUCUCCUGAGGAACAGUAAUGGCGCUCCUGGCUGCUUUGCCCUGUCUGUCAGAGCAAAGGAUUCAGUGAAGCAUUUUCAUGUGACACGCAGAGACAAUGUCUACAUCUUUGGGUUUAAUGAGUUCCCAAGCUUUCAGGACUUUGUCAGCCACUUUGCCAACCAACCUCUCCUGGGAAGCGAUGCAGGGACCCUCAUUGUGCUUAAGAGUCCAUAUCCAUGGCGUGUGGAAGAGCCAUCCAUCUAUGAGUCAGUGCGAGUUCACACCGCCAUACAGACGGGCCGGACAAAAGAUGAUCUGGUCCCCAAAGCACCAUCGCUGGGAACCAAGGAAGGCUACCUGGUGAAACAAGGAGCAAUUGUGAAGAAUUGGAAACAAAGGUGGUUUACACUCCAUAGAAAUGAACUUAAGUACUUUAAAGACAAAAUGUGUGAGGAACCCAUUCGGACGCUGGAUUUAACAUCUUGCUCUGCAGUCCAGUUUGACUAUUCUCAGGACAAAGUCAACUGUUUCUGUCUCGUGUUUCCCGAUCGAACAUUUUACCUCUGUGCAAAGACAGGAGUUGAGGCAGAUGAAUGGAUUAAGAUCCUCCACUGGAAGCUGUCUCAGAUAAGAAAAGGGCGAUGAUGGUCAUCCAUGAAGAAACAGGAAAAUAGCUCCAUUCUCACAGAAGAUACCAGGAUAACUGAAGGAAUGAGACAGAUCUGGAAUAUGUUGCACAACACAUCUUACAAGAGGUCUUUGAACAACCUAUUGAAGGAUUUUAACAGCUCUGUAGAGUUCCUGGACUAAAAAUGUAUGUACAGCAGUGUUCUCACUGAAGAAAAAAAAAAACAUUUCAAAAUUCACACAAAUAUGUUUUAUGUAGAUAAAAAAAAUAAUUAUUUUGUUACAAUGUGCACUUUCAAAACAAUGUUAACUGUGAACCUAGACAUGUCAGUGUAGUUUUGAUGGACACAGAAUGGUUUUGGCUGUAUUUGACAGUUAUGACUGACUUGUAGCUUUUGUAGACUCAACAUGGGAAUGAGGGUAGAAGCAGAAUGUGCUUGAAGCAUUGUAUUGCAGUCAGAACCAGUACCGAUCACCGGGUCAGAUUGUUUUAUACGUGUUUGUGAUUGUAAUUAUUUGUUCAUCUCAAGUGGGAGUAAAACUUCCUGAAAUGUCAAUGAUAGAUUAAAUAAAAACUCAUAAUCAAA